AUGAAAUCUACUGCGGAUCAGCGGAAAAAUAUGAAUGCUCUUUCUAAUUGCUCAGUCUUAAAUUCAACAAAAUUAUUUUUCAAGGAUGAGAAUGAUACUUAUUCACAGCAACCAAAUAUUCGUGAGAGAACUCUUUCGGAAGAAAAUCACUUCUACAAAGUUCCACGAUUAUCGGAAAAUGGUGACAAUGAAGACGUUGUUAUUGUCCCAACUGUCAAACCUGUACGACGACGUGUUGCAAAGAAAACAACUGUUACAAAAUUGUUACCAUCUUCAUCGCGUUCGAUUAAAGGAAAUCAAUCACUGACAGCACGCUCACGAGUACAAACUCCGUCACAAACAACAGCACGAAGUGAUGAUUAUGAACAAGAAAUUGAUGGUGAUUAUAAUGAAUAUGAAGAAGACGAGGAUGAUACUCCAAGGUCACAACAAAUAUUGUCGUCAGAUGAAGGUUUUGGUCUUUGUCGAAUUCCAGUGCCACCACUUUUACCAACAUUCAGUGAUAAAAUUAAACAUAAUCUUAUGAUCGGCGAUCCUGAUCCAAUAAUGAAUGAGUUGAUUCGUGAAGCAGCUGAUUUUUACAUGAAUGUUUAUCCUCAAUUGACUCAUGGUGUUGAAUAUAAAAAAAUUGGCAUUGCUUUAAUCAAUGAAUAUCCUUGUUUAGCAUGUGAUGACACGAUAAACCCGCAUGGUCUAAUAACAAGCCGUUUAUCAGCACGAAUAAGAAAUGUUCGACGAAAAAUGCGAACAAGAGAAAUGAAAUAUGCUGUUCGCGGAACAAUGUAUUAG